UAAAAUUCCAAAGAAAUGGGAAAUUUCCUUAAUAAUAAGUUUACUGGUUUAAAACUGAUUAAAGAUUGCGAUGCGCAACUAUGUGUUCAAGUCGAAUGCGAAGAUUUCAAGAAAGUAAAAGAAAUUUGGUUGGCCGUGGAAAAGGAUACGUCGCAUUAUGGAUUUGCAAUUUGUACUAUGCUUUUUAAAAAUCACCCGCAAUACGUGAAGUAUUUCGAAGAUGAAUCAAUUCCGGAAUUCGUUCAAGAAGCUAUAAUUAAAAAAAAAUUUAUUACUAUAUGCGACAUCAUAUGUGCCCUGUUUAUAAAUUACUACGAUAAACCGUCUCACAGAGAUUAUUUUCUUGGCUACAUCGCAAUGGUUCACAAGGACAUGGGAUUAACGUUUGGGGAUCUCACAAACUUUAUGUCAGAUCUAAUGGAAGCGUUAAUUACCGAGUUACCGUACUUAAUGACCGAGGAAUAUAUUGCGACGCAGACAAAAUAUUCUAACAAUGUAAUUGAGAUAAUGAUAGAACUAAUGGACAAUUAUGCUGAAAGGAUGUCACAAAUACUACGUACGAGAAAUGGAAUAAGAAAAUGUUAUGUGUGCAAACCUGAUCCAGAGACACAGACUGUAUAUGGUUUUCCAUUGAAAUAUUGGAUAUAUGGAAAACGAUAUUGGGAAUAUCGGAAAGCAAUGUGGGCAUCGAUGGAAGCAGAUAUGUUGACAAAUUCGACGGACGAUACUAAUGCAAGCAAUUUUCAAAGUAGAGGUUUUCAUCAAAAGUCUAUGGGAAACAACAGACUGUAUCGUAAGAAACAAAUAAAACCGAAAACACCAAAAAUAGCCAUAAGUUCGGAUAGCAACACGUUGGAUCAACCAAGACAAAGUAACGCAAUAUUUCAAACUGUGCAAUUUUCCGCUAUACUAUUUCUACUACUUAAGAUUUAAGAGCACUGUUACAGAUAUUGUUACGUAUGUAAUAUAUGAAUAUUAAUCAUAAUUACAUAUAAUACAUAUAAUCAGUAAAGUAAAUAGUUUCUAAGGGAAUAGUUUUUAAUUUUAGUUUUAAAGGGAUUAAAAAUGUUUUUCCGAUCUUUUUCUUUUUUAUUUGAUUAUACUAUUGAAAGGAAGAAGAAGCAGUCGCAUCAGCCAGUCGACAAGAAUCUCGUUGUUACUAUCGAAACGAAACAAAGAAAGACAAGAAACUGAAAAAAACGUUAAAUCCAAAUUAUCUCCAGUGGAAUUUAUUCUGGAGGUUGACAAAUAAUCUUUGCUUGUAUUACUUUUAUUAUAGAAAUGACAGUUUAUUAUUUCACAUGUAUAACGCAUUAAUGUUAAAAAUAGACACAGUAUUGGUAAUAUCUUCUUCCUUAAGGUGGAAAGCGACCGUGAUGGCAAUAAUGAUACGAUAAAUUUAAAUGGGGCAGCUACGCAGAACCCAAAACAAUUUUCUGCGGAAUUGCAGGAAAGUAAAUAUAUAUUAUAUAUACAUACGUAUAUUCUUAUAUUUUAUUUUCAUAUGUGAUUUUCAUAUUUGAUUUUCAUAUUUUCCCUUUUAUUUCUUUAUCAACUGAUAUAAUCACGAAAUAAAAUUCUUACGUUAUAGGUACAAAUGCAAAGAUCGUGAGCCAGACGGCAAGAGAACGUAAACGAAUGCGUCACUAUCUUACUCAUUUCGGUGUUUGAAAUUUAGUAUUGGCAUAUAAUAAAAUGUUUUUUAUCCUUUUUUCUUAAUAUUCUACACAUUUAUUUCGUAUUAAUAUUUCUAGCGAUUUGAAGAAUUCGCAUGCAUGAACGUCUAUGAGACGCUCACACUUUCCCGUGGUAAUUGAACAGUUUGAAAUAGGGUUCCAAUGAUGCAAUGAAAAUCACAGAAGAAGCUUAAAUAAAUAAAAUGCAUAGGUUUUUUUA